AUGAGAACCUUCAUAUCAUCUAUAGAAAUACCCGUAGGGUAUGUAACACCAAAAUUCCCUUCACUUUAUUGGCCUAUAUCCAACAAAAGUUAUAGUUUAGCAUUUUUAUAUGACAUUGUCGAUAUAUGGAAGUUUACCCUAUAUUGGUGUCUCAUAUUCAAUGGUGCAUUUUAUGGAGCCACAGGUCUCCUGGCAACUUUAACACAUAGGAAGCAACCAAGAAGUAUAAUGAUAUUAGCUAUAUACAUCACAUACGGUGGUGUUCAAGGAUUUGUAGUAGGGACAGUAAUGGGAUUCCUGAUCGGAGCCAUAUAUAACUCCGGUCUCUUCGCCAUGUCGACUUGGAUCCCAAUAUGUUGUGCGAUAACCCAAAUCCUAUAUGAAGUGGUUAAAAGUUAUUCGACAGUCGGGUCCAUAAUGUAA